AGAGAGAAGAGAGAGAGAGAGUGAGAGUGAGAGAGAGAGAGAGAGAGGGCUUCAAACUCUAGAAUCCCAAAGCCACAUCCAGGAAUCCAGACUCAAAAGCAGAAGGCCCACAGCUCAACUCAGUAGAGAGAGAGAGAGAGAGAGGGAGGGAGAGAGAGGAAAAGUAACUAGAGUCCUGCACUAUUUCUUAUCUAUCCAAAAUCUAAACCCGAAGAGAAGGAUAAGAGGGGAAGAAGAUCUGCGCUUUCUCCAACCCUAAAACCCUCUUCCAAGGUCGUGUCUCUUUCACUCUCUGUUCUACAUCCAUGCCAUGGAUAGAUAGAUGCCAGCAAGGCUGCUCCAGCUGCUCUGUUUUCCAUUUUUAGGUCCUCUCUGUCCCCCUCAGAAACUAUAGACAGUGUUCAAGAUCACUCCCUUCUCCAGCCCAAUAGGAGAGUAACUUCCCCAUCUUCCAAGCCUUUAGAGCUGAUCUCUCCGUUUUGGCUGCUUAAAACCCUAGUAAACCCCUAAAGACAUCAGUUUUCCAAAGAAAGGUGGCUCCUUUACGCUCACACUGAAUUCCUCUUUGAAUCCCAUUUCUGGAACCUCUUUAUCAGAAGAAAACGCUUUAGAUUUUGGUCACCGCGGCUAAAGGGUAAGGGGGAGAAGGUGCAAUUUUUGUGCUGGAUUUUCCUUGCCGAGUCCUGUUUUCAUAUGAAAAUUCUUCUCUGUCAAUGAGUUGGAUCGAUCUCGAUGCUACUGGGGUGCUCGGUUUCGAGUCUGGCGGCGAAAUUCGCAUUCUUCCCGCCCGAGCCGCCUACCUACACCGUCAAGAAGGACGACAAUGGGCGGCUGGUGGCCUCCGGGAUCCCACGGGAUCAUUCACUGGAUGUGCUGGUCCUGGACACCAAGCGUGGGAACAAGGUUGUAGCCUUCUACCUGAGGAACCCCUAUGCCCGGCUCACGGUGCUAUACUCGCACGGCAAUGCCGCUGAUCUAGGGCAGCUCUAUGAUCUCUUUGUACAGCUCAAGGUCAACCUCAGAGUUAAUCUGAUGGGAUACGACUACUCUGGUUAUGGAGCCUCAACUGGUAAGCCAAGCGAAUACAACACUUAUGCAGAUAUUGAGGCUGUAUACCGAUGCCUGGAAACUGAAUAUGGAGUCGGUCAGGAAGACUUGAUCUUAUAUGGGCAGUCUGUUGGUAGCGGUCCCACACUGCACUUGGCAGCUCGCUUGCCAAGAUUGCGCGGUGUAGUGCUUCACAGUGCUAUAUUGUCAGGCCUACGUGUGGUCUGCCAUGUGAACUUCAAUUUCUGCUUUGACAUAUAUAAAAACAUUAACAAAAUUAAAAAGGUGAAGUGCCCGGUUCUUGUGAUUCAUGGAACCGAGGAUGAUGUAGUGAAUUGGCUUCAUGGCAAUGGGCUAUGGAAACUAGCUAGGGAUCCGUACGAGCCCUUGUGGAUCAAAGGAGGUGGUCACUGCAAUCUGGAGCUGUACCCGGACUACAUUCACCAUCUAUGCAAGUUUAUCAAGGAAAUGGAGAGCAUCACCACUGCAACCCGGCUCAAAAAGAUCCGACAGAGCCUCCGACUCCCUAGAAAAUCUUCUAAGGUGUGCUCCUCCACAACCACUACUUUCACUACUAACUGCUGCUGCCCAAUUAGAAUCCAGAAGCCUACUUGCUCAGGCUGUUCGCAAACAGGAUGUCUAAAUUUGCGAUGCUGCAAGGGGUCAGUGUACUUCUGCAGCCUGUGCUGCGGUGGAGAUGGGCAGUGAUAUUGGAGUCUGUAUAGAAACUUGCUUACAUAUCUAACCCCUUCCAGUGUAAUGCAACAAGUGAUCAAGCUUAUGUUGUCCAAGAGGAUAGAACACAUCUAGUUGUUUAUUUGACUCUGAGUUGCAGUUCUCCAUGCCUUUGUUAAAAUAUUAUUUGAUUUGUACUGCGUAAUGCUUGGGAUUUGUUUCCA